AUGACCCGUGUUUGGACUCCUUACCCGGGAUUUCCGAAGAGAAUUGGCAAGUAUGUGAAGUGUUAUGCUUGCUAGCCAGGUUGCUACCUAACGUUAGGUAGCUAACGUUAGUUUUAAUAUUUCCUAUGAACUAUAUGGAAGGCUGGUGCAUUGCAGUCCCCUACUUUUGUACAGGCGGUCCAUGAAUAAUGAAACCUGCAUGAAGAAAAAUAGUUUCUAACAAAGUAGCUGCAUAGCCUGCAUAUUUUUUUUUUUUUUUUUACAAUUCCCAGCAUCAGCACCACCUUUCAAAAGCAAGUCAAAUGUGGAUAGGCUACUCAUCUUUGAAAAGCUACAUUGUAUGUUUUAAAGUUAAUAAAGACACACACGUUAUAUACACAUCACACAAACAAUUUAUUAACUGUUCAAAGGGAGGUUUUCAUGAUUUGGGUUAAUGCUUUUAUUGCAUACAUUGUUUUUGCUAAAUGUGAAUGGUUGCACUUCAUGUUCUUUAGUAACUUAAAGAGCUACAGAAGAAAAAAGAUGAGAUCAACACAAUGAAGCUCCUCAAAAAAAGACAGCAGCGAAGACGACAUAGGAAAGGUCAAUUGCACUUCUUUUUUAACCCAUACCCACAAUAGCCGGCAGGUAGCUUAGUGGUUAAGAGCGUAGUGCCAGUAACCGAAAGGUCGCUGGUUCUAAUCCCCGAGCCGACUAGGUGAAAAAUCUGUCGAUGUGCCCUUGAACAAGGCACUUAACCCUAAUUGCUCCUGUAAGUCGCUCUGGAUAAGAGCGUCUGCUAAAUGACUAAAAUGUAAAUGUAAUAGCCACUGAAGAUAAAGAUCGAGGACAUCUUUGCCCUGGUCAGAUGUAAACCUACUUGACCUAUUUAUUACAUAAAUAAUGGAACAUGGAAAAUCGAGAGCAGAAGGGUCAUCCUGUGUCCAAAUUCUAAAAGUCUCAUGACCCUUAGUUUUUUGUUAGUGCCGGUUCACUGACUUUCAUUUGGCCUUGUUCAAUUCUGAAUGGUAUUAUAAUUGAGUUAAUAGUCUUCUGGCUAUAAAAGUUGAACUUGAAUGGAUCCGAGGGAAACAGAAUUCAAUUAUAUGCAAUUCCAUCAAAAGUUGCUGAAAAAAAUAGUCAACCAGUCUACCCCUUUUCAUUGUUUUGAAGGGAUAUAACCACAGUGUAGUUUAUAUUUCUGAGGUCAUGAGUCAUGACACAAUACGAUGAAGGGUGAUUUUGGAGUAAAUUGGGUGAUUUUGGAGUUUACUUGACAGUUCACAGAGAACCAAGAUUAAUUAUUUGUGUUUCACGUCACUAAACAUGAAAAAUCAGCGACUAAGAACAUGGAAUCAAACAAUGAAAGGUGAUGUAGGCCUAUCUGUUUUUGAAAAUGUAAUUGUAUUACGUAGCUCUACUAUAGAGUCUUCAAUGCUGAGUCCUGAUACUUCACCCACUACAGCUCGCACACUUUCUUGCAUGGAUUUUAGAAUUGUGGAAACUCGCUCUAGCCAAUGCUUAGGCUACACCAAUCCUAUGCUUUUAGUGCAGACUUCAGGAAAAGGGUGGAGAACUGGGACAUUACUUUGUUGUUGGUGUAGGCCUACCUAAUAGCCUAUUCUACUAGGGCUUUCUAAAAAUUGGAUGGGUACUUAGCACCCAUGUAUAUCCUAAACAUAUGCUGUAGUGUUGUACUGAACCGAUAAUGUUUUCUUCCUCAGCAUAGAACGUCAAGCGGAGCAUGAAAAGCAUUGGGAUGGGCUUACGCAGUACUUUGGCAUCAAUGAUAGAUUUCAACCCCCUGCCUGUAGCAAGCCUGCUUCCAAGGUAACAAAGAUGUCUGCCACAUUACUCGCCUGCCUGUCUGUGUUUAAUGCCGUCAAGUUAUGGUAAACGCAUUGAACGAGUUCUGUCUUUCCAUAUCCAUGCCUGUGUAACUUCUCAUUGUUUUAUCAAAUAUGACAGGUGGAUUAAGAGGUUUCUAGACUCAAAUCUGACAUUGAGUAAAAUAUAAAAGAUAGUGUUACAUUUAAUGAUGAGAUUACCUUAAUCUUGACAUUGGGAUGAUUCUCCACUGUCCUUUUUGGUUGAGAUUAAUGUAAGAUGUAGAUUUGCUUUAGAGAGAAUUGUAUGUACUGAAUGUCUGUACAAAGACCUGACAGCUCCUGCACACCUUGUUACUGUUUGUGGAAAGCUCCGUAUACAACAAUAACAUAGGCUACUCAAAGUGUGAGAUGCUAAUUGUCAGACCCAUGAAUCUAGCCUACAUGGGCAUGGAUCUAGCCUACAUAGCACUAGCUUAGGCUAUAUUUUUGGAAACAGGUGUAUGGAAAAUGGAAUCACAGAUAGUCUCCUGCUUUUGUUUUUGUGUCUCUCAGCCCUGCAUCUGUGUGCAGGAAAGUGCUGGCGAAUAGCCGUAGUGUUUGCGUGUGUGUGUAUCAUAAGAAUACCCCUAAUAAGCAACUCUUGGAAAAAUUCAUUUAGAAUUCAUUUAGAAAUAAAGUUAUGUACUUGAUAAGUCUGGUGUAAUAGAACAAAAAAGAGACAUACAUAUCUUUAUAUGUAAAUUGUUCUGUAAGCAAAGUGGUUGCAAAUAUAAUAAUUGUGUAUAAGAUGGGGAAUUUGGCCUAAUUCAAUUGGAAGUUCACGUAAUGCUUAUUUGGAGUGUUAUUUGAAUUCAGUUUAUCUCAAAGUACCAUAAAAUUGAGUUUUUGCUGCGUUUUUGCCUCAUUUUCAAAAGAGGAGGCCUACAUUGAAUGGAUAAGAUAUAAUUAACAAGAAGCUGAAUUAAACAGAACUUGUCAAGUCAACAUAACGAGAAGGCCUUGCUCCUCCAUUUUCAAACGUUCUCAUUAGUGAUCAAUGUCAUUUACACAUUCAUAUUACAUUAACAAAUGUUAAGUCAAUUACACACUAGGCAUUUAGAAUCCAUUUACAAAAUAUUUUCUUUGGAACAUGCACAUUCAGUCUUUAAUUCAGUCCACGUUGCCAGCAAAAUGGCUACUGCAAAGUUGUGCUGGUAGUAGUAGAGGUAGUUUGUAUAUAUGUAGUUAUUACUAUCUUGCAUUUCAGUAUUAGGCUCCGCUUGCUGUCUUUGUCCAAAUUAAUGGGUGUGCAUCCAUGGGUGUGCAUCCAUAAACAACUUGAGUCUUUAUAUAUAUGUUUAUAUAUGCCAUUUAGCAGACGCUUUUAUCCAAAGCGACUUACAGUCAUGUUUGCAUACAUUUUAUAUACGGGUGGGCCUGGGAAUCGAACCCACAAUCCUGGCAUUGCGAACGCCAUGCUCUACCAACUGAACCACACAGGGCCAUGAGUUCUUAUGAAGAUGCUUCAGAGAGGUCUCCCCUAAUAUAGAAGUAUAACAUAUUGCCUGUCGUGUUCUGUGAAAGAUUUUUGGAGAAAUGCUCUUUACUGUACUACUUCGGAUAGCCUCCUUUUUUGGAGAACCACCCUGCCAUCAGUAACCAGGGGCAUCUUUGCCCCCUCCCCUGCUCCAGCCUGUAAUGGAAAUGUGUAAUUAAAGAGUCACAUUUAUGUUUGGUAAUCUCCUGUAUUUUUUUAUAUUUUUUUUACAAAAAUAGAUUUCCCCUCUAAUAUCCAAUCAAAAAGGUUUUCACUUGUGAAGGAAAAUCUACAUAUUUGUAUUAAUAGCAAUCAGGCCCAGGGGAAGUUACUCUUAGAUUUCCCCCCUUUCUAUUUCUAAAAUCACUACAUUUUCCCCUUCUCUCCAGUCCAGCCUAGAAAAGAGCAUGGUAAGCGCCAUCGCUGAAGGGGACUUUGGGAAGGCGGAGAAGAUGAGCGACAGACUCGCCACUCGAGAGGUACGUUGCACUGAUAAGAGAUCUUUGGGGCGCUCCCACUGUGACAAAUCAAACUAA